CUAAUUUGUUUCCUUCGCUAUUUAGCUACAGUAAUAUCUUAACGUUGUGUGUUUCAAGCUACAUAUUUGACAUUUAGCAAUCUAGAUAGCUAUUAGAUAGGCUAACUACCUAACUUAUAUAUAAUGUAUGUCUGUAGCUUUAUCUCGCUAGCUAACAUGCAUUCUACCAUAACAAUUCGUUUUUAACUUCCAGUGCUGUCCAGUCGUUCCGCAUCUCUUCUGGAAUGGAUUAUGGGAAGGAGAGGGUUGUGGCGUUGGUGGAUAUGGACUGUUUCUACGUGCAAGUGGAACAGAGGCUGAACCCAGCGCUGAAAAACACACCGUGUGUGGUCGCACAGUACAAGACAUGGAAGGGAGGCGGUAUCAUAGCUGUGAGUUAUGAGGCCAGGGCCCAUGGUGUCACCAGGAACAUGUGGGCAGACGAUGCCAAGAAACUGUGCCCAGAUCUCCAGGUUGCAAGGGUCAGAGAGUCACAUGGGAAGGCAGACCUCACCCAUUACCGGGAGGCGAGUGUACAGGUGUUUGAGGUGAUGUCACGCUUCGCUGUGCUCGAGAGGGCCAGUAUAGACGAGGCCUACAUGGACCUGACUGUUGCGAUACAGCAGAGAUUGAAAAGCAUGACUGACCAGCAGGUAGACCCUCAGCUCCUGAAGACCAGCCACGUCCAGGGCUACCCACUGGCUCCUCUUGACCAGGAAGAGGCAGCACAGGACAUCACCACAACUGAUAAAGAAGAGCGAAGGUCCAGUGGCCUGCAGCAAUGGCUGUCCUCUGUGUCAGGCGGCUCUGGCUGUGCAGAGCUGCAGUUGGCUCUGGGGGCUGUGAUCGUCGAGGAGAUGAGGGCUGCAGUGGAGCAGCACACAGGCUACCGCUGCUCGGCAGGGAUAUCCCACAACAAGGUGCUGGCUAAACUAGCCUGCGGUCUGAACAAACCCAACCGCCAGACACUCCUGCCAUUAGGCUCUGUUCCAGAGCUCUUCAACUCACUUCCCAUUGGCAAAAUCCGAAACCUGGGGGGUAAGCUGGGGGCGUCCAUCACAGAGACCCUGGAGGUAGAGAACAUGGGGGAACUAACCCGCUUCUCUCAGGCCCAGCUGGGACAGCACUUUGGAGACAAGACUGGCCAGUGGCUGUAUGAUCUGUGUCGGGGGAUUGACUUUGACGCAGUGAAGCCCAGACAACUCCCUAAAUCCAUCGGCUGCAGCAAGAACUUCCCUGGGAAGACAUCUCUCACUACCAGAGAGCGGGUGCAGCACUGGCUCUAUCAGCUGGCUCUGGAGCUGGAGGAGAGACUGACCAAGGACAGAGAGCUGAAUGGUCGUGUGGCUAAGCAGUUGACUGUGGGUGUAAGGCAGUUAGGUGAUAAAAGGCCCAGUUUCUCUCGGUGCUGCUCGUUGGCACGCUACGACGCCACCAAGAUCUCCUCGGACAGCUUCGCAAUCCUCAAGAGUCUCAACACAGCAGGGAACCAUCAGGCAGCAUGGACUCCUCCCCUCACCCUGCUCCACAUUUCGGCCAGUAAAUUUAGUGAUUCACCCUCUGCCGGGGCCAGAGGAAUCGCCAGCUUCCUGUCCAGUGAUGUCACUUCCACCCAGGCCUCCACUCAGUCUUGCUCUGGUUCAAAGAAGGACUCCACCCCCAAGAGACCCGGCGCCAUCCAGUCCUUCUUCCAAAGAUCUGCAGAGAAACAGAGGAAAGAGGGAGAGGAAGAAGAGAAUGAUAGGGGCUAUGGAACCUUUCUCCCGCCUUCCUCUUUUCCUGUGUCUUUCUCUGUAGUAGAGAGGUGUGUGUCUGAGAAUGAAACAACAACCUCAACUGUCUCUAGUACAUCUUGUCACUUUUCUUCUGUUGUCAGUUCAUCAGCCAUCCCCCAUACUGGCAUCACUUCCUUCUUUCAGAGGAAGACACUUGGGAGAAACCAGCAGCCCGUAACCGCAGCCUCACACAGUGACAGUCUCGCAACAGGCAGAACAAGAUGUUCCACAGUAGGAUAUGAUACAAUAGGGAGUGUCCAACUUUUAACAGACACAGUUGGGUGUGAAAUAGCAGGAAGUUACACAGCUCCGGAAGCUGAAAUAUGUGACGAGCAGACUGCGAACGUAAAAGGGAAACACACUAAACUCACUAGUUCUAACCAAGCAGAGGACCAAUCUCUGGGUUCUGGGGAGGGAACUUGUACUCUAUCAGAGGAAAAACAGUCUGUGGGGUCAGACUUGCCCUACGAUCCCCCUUCUGACCCGCCUCAGUGCCUGGCCAGUGUGGCCAAAGAGGACCUGCUGACCUGUGAGUCCUGUGGCCAGGACGUGCUGGCCUGGGAGAUGCCUGAACAUAAUGAUUACCACUUUGCCUUGGACCUACAGAACUCUUUCUCCUCUACAAGCACAACCACCAACACCUCUCUUCAUUCCUCCUCUCUCUCCUCUGUUUCAACUGCCUCCCGCCCCCCUCUCAGGGCAGGUGCCCUUCAGUUGUCCCGGGGGAAGACGCGGGCCAGGGGCCAGUCAACACCCCAGCCUAAACGGCCCCGCUCCCAAGGUGGUAGUACUGGUACGCUGGACUCCUUCUUGAAGAGGAGCUGAGGACAAAGUGGAGGAAAAUGAAAGGAGGUAGGGAAUCCACUGUGCUGGACUGGUUACUUUUGCUGACGCUAUUUAAACUGACCAACAAUAUUCUAAACUCACUGCCAAAACAAUUUAUACGAUUGUAUGGUGAGAUGCUGCUUAAUUUUAAUGGCAAUUGUACAGAAUAAAUAUUUGUACCUCUAAAACAGAUAUUGGUAAAUCCAUACUUUCCUGGAGGUCCUCUUUCAAUGGAUAUGUUGUCUGGAGAAGCUUGUAUAUUUCUGUGAUCAUGUUUCCAUUACACAUUGAAAAUAGUGCUUGUGUUGUGGGCCUUUUUUAUCAACCAUGUGAAAUGAAUUUUUUCCACUAGAUGGUAGCAUCACACAUGACGAGCGCACGCAAAGUUAAGGCACUCAGUUUAAUGCGCAUUCAGCUUAGAUACAGUAUUAGUGUUCAAGGAAAUUGUUUGCUUUGUUUUACCAAUGCAAAUCUAAGAGAAGGCAAACAUGCAAAAUGCCCCCAUGUGCUACUGGGCUUUUGCUGUGAUAACAUUGUUAAAGGUCAGCCAACAUACAUUUGGCCCAACUUGUGAAUAAACUAAUGAGUCCGUGUAAUCAGUAGAAACAGAGGCCUGUUUUGCAGAAACUGGGCUGUAGUGUGACUAUCUCCACAGCAGUUGAACACUCUAUAAUGCUCGUACUGAAGUGGGAUUUUUUAAACUAUUCCAUAUCAGAUUAUUUUCCUAAUAGUUUCAAACAAAAGAGAAGAUAAGUGGAAACCUCAUGUUGGGUUUACUUCCAGUUCAUGGCAGAGUUAGGCUGGUGCGAGAGCUACAUGGAGGCCCUAAAUGUAUGACAAUGAUCUGGGAACUAACAGAAUAUAACUACUUUCAUUUUGUGGAUUUAACAAUAUAAUUAUGUGGAUUUAACAAUAUCAUUUAACAAUGUAACACUGGAAUGACAAUUUCAAUAAGAUCUUAAUACUGAGGUUCAAUCUUAAUGUCUGUUUUGUUAUCUUUGACCUCAGUCCAGUUGUGGUUGCCUCUAUGAUGAUUUGCAUUGCACCAUUUCUGGGUGUCACAUGCUUUUGUGUACAUUCUACGUGAGGAAUCAAGUGAUCUCCCUUUCAUAAAAGUGGUGUUUCAGUCUGA